ACCAAAGUUGUAAACUAUUCCAAACCUUUUGUAGUUCUUAGUGUCAAAUAUCCAAUUAUAAAUUCAUUACAUUUUAACAUUGAACGUGAAGCCGCUGUUUAUCUGUAAAGAAGUUUCUGAUUUAAAGGUCAAAGGCGACCAUAUUUGGAAUACGAAUAGUAAAAGGAUCAAAGGGGAAUGCAUCUGAGUAAACAUCAAGAAAAGAAAAUUUGACAUUUAAUUAUGGGUUUCUUUUUUAACUAAUGCGUAUCGGUGUUUAUUUUUCAGCUUGAUAAAAACGUAAAGGUGGAUGCGUGAAGUUGUAUUUGAAAGAAAUGAACUUUUGAAAAAGAGAGAAAAUGAACUUAACAAAAUUAAAGACUUUUAAAUUUAUAUAAUUUAUUUAAAAAAAUCUGGAUUAUAUAUAUGGUUUUAUAUCGUGCGCAGAAAAUGGAGUUACAUGGUAGAAGUGUGUUGGUAACUGGCGGGGCCUCAGGUUUGGGAUUUGGAUUUGCUAAGGCCCUUCUGGCAGAGGGAGCAAAGGUGAGUAUCGUGGACUUCAACGAGGAGGCUGGACGCGCUACUGAGAAAGACCUUGCGGAAAAGUACGGCAGCAGUAACGUCAUAUUCUGUCCGUGCAAUGUUACCUCACAGGAACAGUUUGCAGACGCUUUCCGACGUACGCGGGAGGUGCUUGGUGGCCCGGAUAUUGUGGUAAACAAUGCGGGUGUAGGCGGGGAAACGGACGAUAAAUGGGAAUCUGUCAUCGACAUCAACCUGAAGGGAACAUUACGUGGUACUCGGCUGGCACUGAAAUAUAUGAGUAAGGCGGGAGGCGGCAGCGGCGGAGUCAUCGUCAACAUGGCCAGUAUGGCGGGAGUCAACCCAAAUCCCUUUGCACCUGUUUACGGGGCAUCAAAAGCCGGUAUUAUCCAUGCUACAAGAUCUCUAGCAAUAUCACCUGAUGUUCAAAAGUCCGGUAUCCGUCUUAACGUCAUGUGCCCCGCGUUCGUGGACACGCCGAUGUUCAGGAACAUGGCUUCCGGUGACGCCUCGCAGACUUCCAGUUCAGACCAGAUGGCGGUGAAGGCGUUUGUAGAUCAUAUCGGUGUUAUGAGCGUGGAUGAGGUUGCAGCGGCUUUUCUGGAUCUAGUCAAAGACGAAACAAGAAGCGGAAUCAUUUUGCGGUGUGCUAAGAAAACCGGAAUUCAAUACAGCACUCUAGCUGUACAGGAUGUAUAACCGAUAACGACGCAAUGAUUCGUGCUCAAUCAAAAAGAAAAUUUAAAAACUGUUGAUUAUUUUCCAACCAUGUAUCAAUCUCAAGUCAACGGUUGCUUCCCUUUGAUGUAAUCAUCUCUUCACGCCAAAGGAGAUUACUGCAUUGAAGAUUGAGAGUCAGUUGUGACUUCUGAAAAUCAAGGGAGUUCAUUCUGGAUACUACAACGAGUAAAAUACUCUUGCUUACAGACCUUUCGAAAUGACCCAAUUAAGAUUGACAUUUGGGACGGGACUUACUGUACGCUCAAAAUGGUUGUGUUGUCCUCAUGGGUCUGUAUCUAACCACAAUGGCCCACUUGAUACCAAAUAUGCUUUCAAUAGCCUUUUCAUUGUUCAGGCGUGUCUCAAUCAGGGGCGUAGCCAGCUUGUGUGUGUAACAUCAAUUUGAAAAAGGAAAAAAUAAAUAUGGCCAAUAAUGGCAUCAAAAACGAGGGCUUAGCUAUAAAAUGAUAUCAGAAUAAAAGGAAAAUCAGCUAAAGUAAGCAUUGUUUCUCUAUGCUAGAUAGCUUACUGAGCCUAAAUCAAUCAGUCGAUUACUACAAAGUCGGCGGCCUCGAAUCUAUAAAUCACUUCAAAUACACCUCAGAGUUCAACAUGGUAGUUCCAUUUUCCAUUUUUUCCCUCGGGAGGCUCCCCCGAGCCUCCAACCGGCAACAGGGAUAUUCCCCCUCCCACACCCGAACCCUUUCGUGCGUAACAUUCAGUAAAGCCUGGCCACGCCCCUGUCAAUGUAGCGAGGCCAGGGUAAAUUGUAUUUACACACCUCCUUUUGGGACCAAUUUAAAAUAUCUAAUAUCAUAGGAUUUAUAGUUUAUCAAUCAAUACAGCAAUACAGUCGAAACCAGCUGGCUCGAACUCGCUUGGCUCGAAUUCCUCGUUGGCUCGAACUUGAUUUAGAGGACCGAUUUCUUUUUACUGAAGGUUAACAAUCCCGCUUGACUCGAAUUUUCCGACGCUCGAAGUAUUUAAGCCGGUCCCUGGGAGUUCGAGCCAACGGGGUUCGCCUGCCGUAAACAUUUCAUGAUAACAUAACAACAAAAGUAUUGCCACUCAAAGUAAGAGUUAUAACAAGAGACUAUAGUUACAACACAAUAUUAUUACAGCAAACAGAUGAUGUUUAUAUGUAAUAUAAUAUAUAUAUAUAUACAUAUAUACACACAACAAGAGACCAGAAACAAAUGCUUAUCUUAGUAUAAAAAUAUAUUAAAAGGAGGGAAUUAAAAUACUGAAAAAUAACGCGCACUAUCAUGCAAAAUUAAGAAAUGGAAGUAACAUACCUAUUAUCGCGGUCAGACCGUAGAUGAACUAAUGAGCAUAAUUUAUGUUAUGAGUAUUUCACUGUGGAAUGGCAAUUGAGUCAUAAAGCAAUGUAGCAUUUUGAAAACAGGGGCGUAGCUACCUUAAUGCCGUGUAGGCCGCGACCUACAUCUUUUUCCAAAAAGUUGAGAACAAAAACGAUUAUGAAGACUGUCGCAUUUUUAUUUAUACGACAUAUCAAUAUCCAUAGAGGGUAUGUCAUCCGAACGGCGGAACCCCCGAGGACACGGCCUACACAGUGUUUGCAGCCAAGCUACGCCCCUGGAAAUGUUCAUUGAAAUCAUGGUGAUAAAUGUUAUUUGACAGUGUGUUAACUAAAUAAAUAAAGAAC